AUGUUGAAGAAAAUCAAUUGCUGGACGGGCAAGCAGUACAAACUCGAAAGUAGUGAUAACUACGAUGCCUAUCUUAAGGAGCUUGGCAUGGGUUUGGUCCAACGGAAAUUAGGCAACUCUCAACAACCGAUCGUUAUGCUGCAUAAAGUCGAAAGCACACACAAUUUGAUUACACUGCCAAGUGGAGGAGAGGAAUCAACAACAAUUCUCACUUUCAAGUUGGGCAAGGCGUUCGAUGAGGAAACCUAUGAUUUGCGCAAAUUGACCACUGUGAUGAAACUGUUUGACAACACAUUGGUGCAAGACCAGAAAGGGGUUGUGUGCUCCAAGAUUACGCGUGAAUUUCAUCAAACAAAGAUGAUAGAGACUUUAGUGGUCAAUAAAGUUGUAGCGGUUAGGGUGUUUCGUGCGCUCGAGGAAAAUGAAAUGAAGGAUAUGUCUGAAGUGAUCGAAAAGCUUGAAGCAGACAAAGCUUGA